AUGGACUUUGCCUUCCCUGUCUUUGUGCCCGCCUCUGACAGCACAUCACAACAACAACAACAAUCACAACAACAAGAACAAAAAUCACUUUGGCAGUUAGUGAUAGAAGAUGGACCAGAUAGUAAUGCAGGAACAGAGCGUGGAGCGGCAUGGUCUGUGAAUGCAAAACACUCUUUAAACAACAACAACAAUGAUAAUGAUAAUGAUAAUAAUGAGUGGGAUGAACGAAAUGAUCGAAGGGGCUAUUACAACGGUGAUAAUAAUAAUGAUAAUAAUACAGGUGCGGAUGGUAGUGUAACUGUGGGAAUCACAUCCCGUAGCUCCUGGAAGCCAACACCAUACAUGAUUGAUCAUCUCUCCUCUGCCUUUAUUUCACAGUAUGGAAUGAUGCUUGGUAUGGAGUGUUCAUCCCGCACUCCACCACCGCCCUGUCUGCGACUGCAAGAUCUGCAGAUGCCACCGUUUAUAUUAAAGCGAUUGAAACAGCAAUUGCGGUUUCCAAAUACAAGAAAGAGAUCCACACGUGAUACUUCAGCACGUGACGAGCGUCCGGGACUUCGUGAGUUGCAGGAAGUAGUGUUUGGUGCAGCUGCUAUGAUGAUUAAUAAUAAUAAUAAUAAUAAUAGUGGUGAUGGGGAUAAUGAUGGAUUGCAAGAGUUAGUACUGCGAGCAUUACAGCAGUUUUCACUCACGUCUAUGCUGCUGGGAUACCACACGCUGAGUGUUGGUCCACGCGGUUGUGGAAAGAAAACGGCUGGUGUAUUGGCCACAGCCCUCUUGACAUUAGCACGUGAAUCAACUGUGAAAGAUACAGAAAAGACGAUGAAGGAAACGGAAAAUAAUGUAAAGAGUGAGUCUAAUGAAAUGUACACUGUAAAGCCAUCAGCCCCACGGGCGGUAAUUCUUGUUAGUAGUUACAGUGAAGUCCAAGAGUGUAAUCGAUGGUUGCAGGCUGUUUUCACACCGGGUGCAUUCGCGCCCAUGACGUUUCGUCGUGAUGCUGCCGAACUUGUGGCACUACCGGUAUACCACGAUAAUAAUAAUAAUAAUAAUAAUAAUAAUAAUAAUAAUAAUAAUAAUAAUAAUAAUAAUAACACUAAUAACACUAAUUACUACUAUUGUAAUACAUCUCAGCAGGAGACGAUGGCAACACUACCACCAAUACCGCUUCCACUACCAAUGCCAUUACCCGUGGAAUCAUCAGAGGCCGUAGGUGAUAUGCAUAAGGAAGAGGAUGAGGAUAAUAAGGAUGAUAAGAAUAAUAAUAAUCAUCACCAUAGUGAUCAUCAUCAUCAACAUCAUCAUAGACGACACAGUAAAGAUUACAAUGAGCGUGUUUCCCGAAAAAGAAGCCGUGAAGCAUCACGUGAUCGACACUAUCGUCAUGACUCACACCGUACACGAAGACGCCGUCAUCGCACACGUUCUCUUUCUGCAGAUGAAAAAGUAAAGCGACGGCGGCACCGUAGUUCAUCACGACAUCGUCGAAGUCGCAGUCGUCAUCGUCAUCGUGAGAGAAGAGAAAGUAGAAGUAGAAGAAGAAGACACCACAGCAGCAGCAAUAAUAAAAACGAUAACGAAAAUAAUAAUAAUAAUAAGAGCAGAAGUGAGAAGGAAAGAGAAAGAAAAGGAAGUCGUAGUGGUAGGAAUCGCCAUGAGCGUUACGAACGUGACGAAAAGAGACGUUCACGUGAUGAACAUCACCGUACUCCAUAUGAAGAGAUGCCUGAAUAUUCAUCUAGCACACCACACCAGACAACCACAUCCAUACUACCAAUACCAACAACAAUACCAAUACCAACAUCAAUAACAAUGCCAAUAACAACAACAGUGGUAGGAGGAUCCACUCCCGUUUCCACCUGUGAAGAGGUUCCCUAUUUCCUGCAGCAACGUAUCCCUCUUCUCAUCACCACACACCAGUCACUUGUGGAGGCACUGCAGCUUGUGCGGGGUCAGGCGGAAGUACUGCCGUUGGAGUCUGUUCGUGUAGUGUGCAUAAGUGAUGUGGACCGUAUUUCACAGCCCACCUCUCAAAUAGCCGCACCCGCCUCGUGGUGGGUUUCUCUCUCCAAUGCGGUAGAUGUGGAGUGUCAGUAUAUUCUCUCCGCCUCGCGGAUGUAUGAUGAAGUGAAUGAAUGGAUGCGGGAGACGAUCCUGCGGGAUACACCGGAUGUGGUGCAUCGAUAUCGACAACGUGAUGACACCGUCUGGCAUGGUGGAGUCCAACAUGUUUUGGAUAUUGUGCGGGUGGAAGAAAUGGCAGAGGAGCGAUCUAAACAACAAAUGUAUGAACGUGUGGAUGCGGCAAAGCUACAGCGGCUUCUUCAUAUCAUUAGACAUCACUUCCACUCGGCGUCUGCAGAGGAAGGGGAUGUGGAUCACACGACUGGUACCGCAGCGACGACUGUUGGUCGUGUGGUGAUUGUUGUUUCUUCACGCAAAGAACAGGAAUUAAUAUUCCAACAUGUGCAGAGUGAACUGAGAAGGUCAAUGGCGUGGCUUCGCUGUGUUUCUCAUAUCUCUGAUUUCCACCGCAGUAACGCAGAUGUGUUGAUAACAUAUGAUUGGAUGGUUUCUCUGGCGAGUGAUACAGAGAACACGGCGGGGCGUCGGGUGGAGUUG